UUCAUUGUAGGGAUAUCUUUAACAUAAAAAUUGCAAAAUAUGAACCUAAGAAGUUUUGUUUGUCUGUGGAGGUUACUGCUUUGGAACAGCUAUAAAUUUAGUUACUUAAAGUAGUUUUAUAUGGAAGACUUGUAAAGGAUCAGAACAAUGCCUCCACGACCAUCAUCAGGUGAACUGUGGGGCAUCCACUUGAUGCCCCCAAGAAUCCUAGUAGAAUGUUUACUACCAAAUGGAAUGAUCGUGACUUUAGAAUGCCUCCGUGAGGCUACAUUAAUAACCAUAAAGCAUGAACUAUUUAAGGAAGCAAGAAAAUACCCUCUGCAUCAACUUCUUCAAGAUGAAUCUUCUUACAUUUUCGUAAGUGUUACCCAAGAAGCAGAAAGGGAAGAAUUUUUUGAUGAAACAAGACGACUUUGUGACCUUCGGCUUUUUCAACCCUUUUUAAAAGUAAUUGAACCAGUAGGCAACCGUGAAGAAAAGAUCCUCAAUCGAGAAAUUGGUUUUGUUAUUGGCAUGCCAGUUUGUGAAUUUGAUAUGGUUAAAGAUCCAGAAGUACAGGACUUCCGAAGAAAUAUUCUGAAUGUUUGUAAAGAAGCUGUGGAUCUUAGGGAUCUCAAUUCACCUCAUAGUAGAGCAAUGUAUGUCUAUCCUCCAAAUGUAGAAUCUUCACCAGAACUGCCAAAGCACAUAUACAAUAAAUUAGAUAAAGGACAAAUAAUUGUGGUGAUUUGGGUAAUAGUUUCUCCAAAUAAUGACAAGCAGAAGUAUACUUUGAAAAUCAACCAUGACUGUGUGCCAGAACAAGUAAUUGCUGAAGCAAUCAGGAAAAAAACUCGAAGUAUGUUGCUAUCCUCUGAACAACUAAAACUCUGUGUUUUAGAAUAUCAGGGCAAGUAUAUUUUAAAAGUAUGUGGAUGUGAUGAAUACUUCCUAGAAAAAUAUCCCCUGAGUCAGUAUAAGUAUAUAAGAAGCUGUAUAAUGCUUGGGAGGAUGCCCAAUUUGAUGCUGAUGGCUAAAGAAAGCCUUUACUCUCAACUGCCAAUGGACUGUUUUACAAUGCCAUCCUAUUCCAGACGUAUCUCUACAGCUACACCAUAUAUGAAUGGAGAAACAUCUACAAAAUCCCUUUGGGUUAUUAAUAGUGCACUCAGAAUAAAAAUUCUUUGUGCAACUUAUGUAAAUGUAAAUAUUCGAGACAUUGAUAAGAUCUAUGUUCGAACGGGUAUCUACCACGGAGGAGAACCCUUAUGUGACAAUGUGAACACUCAAAGAGUACCUUGUUCCAAUCCUAGGUGGAAUGAAUGGCUGAAUUAUGAUAUAUACAUUCCCGAUCUUCCUCGUGCUGCUCGACUUUGCCUUUCCAUUUGCUCUGUUAAAGGCCGAAAGGGUGCUAAAGAGGAGCAUUGUCCAUUGGCCUGGGGAAAUAUAAACUUGUUUGAUUACACAGACACCCUAGUAUCUGGAAAAAUGGCUUUGAAUCUUUGGCCAGUACCUCAUGGAUUAGAAGACUUACUGAACCCUAUUGGUGUUACCGGGUCAAAUCCAAAUAAAGAAACUCCAUGCCUAGAGUUGGAGUUUGAUUGGUUCAGCAGUGUGGUAAAGUUUCCAGAUAUGUCAGUGAUUGAAGAGCAUGCAAAUUGGUCCGUAUCCCGAGAAGCAGGAUUUAGCUACUCACAUGCAGGACUGAGUAACAGAUUAGCUAGAGACAAUGAAUUAAGAGAAAAUGACAAAGAACAGCUCCGAGCAAUUUGUACACGAGACCCUCUGUCUGAAAUUACUGAGCAAGAGAAGGAUUUUCUGUGGAGCCACAGACACUAUUGUGUAACUAUCCCUGAAAUUCUACCUAAAUUGCUUUUGUCCGUUAAAUGGAAUUCUAGAGAUGAAGUAGCUCAGAUGUACUGCUUAGUAAAGGAUUGGCCCCCAAUCAAACCUGAGCAGGCAAUGGAGCUUCUGGACUGUAAUUACCCAGAUCCUAUGGUUCGAGGUUUUGCUGUUCGAUGCCUGGAAAAAUACUUGACAGAUGACAAACUUUCUCAGUACCUAAUUCAGCUAGUACAGGUCCUAAAAUAUGAACAAUACUUGGAUAACCUGCUUGUGAGAUUUUUACUCAAGAAAGCAUUAACAAAUCAAAGGAUUGGACACUUUUUCUUUUGGCAUUUAAAAUCUGAGAUGCACAAUAAAACAGUUAGUCAAAGAUUCGGUCUGCUCCUGGAAUCCUAUUGCCGUGCCUGUGGGAUGUACCUAAAGCACCUGAAUAGGCAAGUUGAAGCUAUGGAAAAACUCAUUAACUUAACUGACAUCCUCAAGCAGGAGAAGAAGGAUGAGACACAAAAGGUACAGAUGAAAUUUUUAGUUGAGCAAAUGAGGCAACCAGAUUUCAUGGAUGCUCUACAGGGCUUUCUGUCUCCUCUAAACCCUGCUCAUCAACUAGGAAAUCUCAGGCUUGAAGAGUGUCGAAUUAUGUCUUCUGCAAAAAGGCCACUGUGGUUGAAUUGGGAGAACCCAGACAUCAUGUCAGAGUUACUGUUUCAGAACAAUGAGAUCAUCUUUAAAAAUGGGGAUGAUUUACGCCAAGAUAUGCUAACACUUCAAAUUAUUCGUAUUAUGGAAAAUAUCUGGCAAAAUCAAGGUCUUGAUCUUCGAAUGCUGCCUUACGGUUGUCUCUCACUUGGUGAUUGUGUGGGUCUUAUUGAGGUGGUGAGAAAUUCUCACACUAUCAUGCAAAUUCAGUGCAAAGGGGGCCUGAAAGGUGCCCUGCAGUUCAAUAGCCACACACUGCAUCAGUGGCUGAAAGACAAGAACAAAGGAGAAAUCUACGAUGCAGCCAUUGACCUCUUUACACGUUCAUGUGCUGGAUAUUGUGUGGCUACCUUCAUUUUGGGAAUUGGAGACCGUCACAAUAGUAACAUCAUGGUAAAAGAUGAUGGACAACUAUUUCAUAUAGAUUUUGGACACUUUUUGGAUCACAAGAAGAAAAAAUUUGGUUAUAAACGAGAACGUGUGCCAUUUGUUUUGACACAAGACUUCUUAAUAGUGAUAAGUAAAGGGGCACAAGAAUGUACAAAGACCAGAGAAUUUGAAAGGUUUCAGGAGAUGUGUUACAAGGCAUAUCUAGCUAUUCGGCAGCAUGCUAAUCUCUUCAUAAAUCUUUUCUCAAUGAUGCUUGGCUCUGGAAUGCCAGAACUACAAUCUUUUGAUGAUAUUGCAUAUAUUCGAAAGACCCUAGCCUUAGAUAAAACUGAACAAGAGGCUUUGGAGUAUUUCAUGAAACAAAUGAAUGAUGCACAUCAUGGUGGCUGGACAACGAAAAUGGAUUGGAUCUUCCACACAAUUAAGCAGCAUGCAUUGAACUGAAAUGAUAAAUGAGAAACUGAAAGCUCAAUAUCUGGAUUCUUCACUGCACUGUUAAUAACUGACAGCAGGCAAAGACUGAUUGCAUAGGAAUUGCACAAUCCACGAACAGCAUUAGAACUUACAGCAAGAAACAGAAAUAAAAUACUAUAUAAUUUAAAUAAUGUAAACGCAAACAGGGUUUGAUAGCACUAAACUAGUUCAUUUCAAAGUUAAGCUUUAGAAUAAUGCGCAAUUUCAUGUUAUGCCUUAAGUCCAAGAAAAGGUAAACUUUGAAGAUUGUUUGUAUCUUUUUUUAAAAAACAAAACAAAACAAAAACCCCCAAAACAUACAGAAAUGAUGGAGAAGAAAAACAAAUGAUGUUCUAUGUGUCCUGCAAAUGUUCUAUGUUUUGAAAUGUGGAUACAACAAAGGCUGUUACUGCAUUUGGUCUAAGUAAACUAGAGUUUAUGUUAAAUUACAUGAGAUUGGAAAAGAAUGAAAAUUUUUAUUUUUCCCAUUGCUGUUCAAUUUACAGUUUGAAGUGGGUUUUUUUGACUCCUUGUUUAAUGAAGAAAAAUGCUUGGGGUGGAAGGGACUCUUGAGAUUUCACCAGAGACUUUUUCUUUUUAAUAAAUCAAAUCUUUUGAUUAUUUGGGGUCUUAUCUGCAAAUUUUAGAAGCAGUCACAAAUGAGACCUGCUAUAUAACAUGGUGUUUUUGUUGGACUUUUUGUGGUUGGUUUAUUGCUGUUAUUGUUUUCUGACAGUAUUGACGAGAUCUGACUCUUAUUUCCUAGGGAAAUUCUGGGCUCCCACAAAUUAAAUAAUCAUCUUAGAAAAAAGAAUGAUCAGGAAUAGUUCUUAUUCCAGAAUUGUACAGUAUUCACCUUAAGUUGAUUUUUUUCUCCUUUUUCAAUUGAACCGAAUACAUUUUUUCAUGCAUGUUUUCCA